GAAACCUUGAUAGUAACCUCAAACCUUCUGUUCUACUAUAUACCUUUUCACUUUUUUGGCAGUGAGCUGUUUUUUAACAAACAGCUAGAAGCAGAGAAAUUCAGUGCAUUUCUUGUGCACUAAGGUCAAAAGUUUGUUGUACAAUUCAGCACAUUAUAUACAGAACAGUACAGAAUAUUUAGCAUUUCACGUUUGGCUUUUUUUGUGGCCAGGAGUCUUAGAAGUUAGAAUGGUCAUGAUUCCCAAAUUUCUACGCGGUCCUCCAGGUGGCGUUUAAAACAUGCCAGUAGGUGAAUAGCAUAACAGAACUUUUCCCUAAGUGUAUGUGGCAUCCCAUUUAUUUCUGUUUUACUUUCUUAAUAUUUGCUCACUUGUAGCAAAUCACUGGCCAAAGGUUGACACUUGACCAUUAUAAAAUAAUGAAGACAUGGUGUGUUUAAGUUGGAGAUGGAGUAACUCGAGUUUUUGCACAGAGCCCUGAGCUCAACCCCAAUGAACACCUUUAAGAACCGUGACUGCACUUAGACAUUAAUAAUGCUCUUGCGACUAAAUAUGGAGGUUAUUAUAAUAGUAUAUGAGGGCCUAAAUUUGUAGUAGGAUGUUCAGCAAGCUAGCUCUGGUGCUCAGGUGUCCACAGAAGAGAAGCGAAUAUUUGUCAGUUGUUGUCUCCAUACUAAGUUACCUCAUGCCUCUUUAGGUGAUCAUGGCGAAAAAACUAAAUCUUUCCAACAUGGUGAUUACAUGCGAAUGGUCCUCGUGUACGUUCAAGGGACGGAGUAUGGAGGAUUUGAGUGAGCACAUGUCUUUACAUUUGAAGGAGCAUCUUGGGAAUGGGGACACCAUGGAGGAGCUUGAUGAUUAUCAGUGCCUGUGGCAGGGCUGCGAGUUCCUGGCUAUGGGAAGUCCCAGUGAGCUCAUCGCUCAUGCGCACUUCCAUAACUUCCACAGCAAGCUGAAGUUCAUUGGGACCCAACUGCUCCAGUCGCAUCCUGAGCUUCCCAGCUGCACUCAGGACCUCCACAGCAACAACCUGGUCACGGAUAUCUCUGAAGGAUUCAUAUGUCAGUGGGAACACUGUGAUAGCUCUUUUAACAAUCCGGAGUGGUUUUACCGCCAUGUGGACAUGCAUGCGCACUGCACCGAGUUACAGCCGCUCCCUGAUCAGCAGCAGGCUCUCUUCUGCAGCUGGAAAGGUUGUGAUGCUUUCUUUAAGAUCAAGUAUCGGCUGCGUGAGCACCUGCGCAGUCACACACAGGAGCGUCUGGUGGCCUGUCCAACCUGCGGCUGCAUGUUCUCCAGCAACACCAAGUUCUUCGAUCAUAUACAGAGACAAGCCGAGCCAGAGGAUUCUCUCACAUGUGCCCAUUGCGACAAAGGAUUCGCUAACGAGAGACUGCUGAGAGACCACGUUCGGCAGCACGUGAAUCAUAUAAAAUGCCCACUCUGUGACAUGACGUGCACAUCCCUGUCCACCCUGAAGAUCCACAUCAAAUUUCGCCACUGUGACGAGCGACCAUUUCCCUGUGACUUCUGCGAGAGCAGCUUCAAGAAUCAGCAUGAUCUGCGGAAGCACAUGGAGACCCACAACGAAGGAGCGGCUUACCACUGCACCAUGGAGGGCUGCGGUUACUCCUCUCGCAUGGCCCACACCAUGAAGCAGCACUUUAAACGAGUACACGAGCAGGGGAACAUGGUGUCCAGGUAUAAAUGUCAUCUGUGUGACAAGAACUUCUCAUGGUGUUACACCCUGACUCUUCACCUGAGAAAGAAACAUCAGCUCAAAUGGCCGUCGGGACAUUCCCGUUUCAGGUAUAAAGAAGAUGAGGACGGCUACCUGCGCCUGAACAUGGUUCGCUUCGAGACCGUUGAGGUAACGGAAGAGCUGAUUAAGAACAUGGCUGAAAAGCGCACACCUCGGAAGCUCUCGGGAUCAAGCGCUCAGACAAAGAGACCGGCGGUCCAGGCAGAGAGCAUGAAUGACAUUCCUACACCAUCUUCCUACCCCUCCUCUUCAUCUUUCUCCUCCUCCUCCUCCUCCUCUUCCAUGCCUGUGCUUGUGAACGGUGAGAACAGUGCCAUAAAGGAUAGAGCACCAGUAUAUUGUAUACUAAACACAGUGAGGGAGAUGAACGGCGAGCAGGAGAACACCGCAGACUCGGGGAUGGAGUCGGGAGCAGUAAGAGCGCUGGCCGCCGUCGCUCGAGGCCUCGGUAUGGAUGUAGUGUGAUGAGAAAUGACACACAAAAGAACACUACACACCACCGUUACUGUUGUACUACAUUCAAUUUACAUUCCACACGAAAUCUGGAUUUUUGUUUGCAAUUUUACGGUAAUAAGAUUUUAAUGGUUAAUGUUUCAGCUCGGAAAUAAUCUGUCUUUGAUUGUGAUGGUCAGUUUUUCUGUAUACAACAAAUCCAUAUGUAUUUAGAAGCAUUUUUGUGAUUUUAGCUGAUGUUUGGUUUUGUUUAGGUUUUAGUUUUUUUUUUUUUACAUUGUUGUACUUUUUAAACAAAUGUUUAUCUUUUUUACACAAAUGGAAUAUCCUUUUAGAUUUGCUGACUAUUUGCUUUUAAUUUCUUGUAAAUGUUUUUAGUUUUUGGUCAAUAUGAAUCUACCAAAAAUAAAUAAAAAU